AUGGCUCCAUUUUACCAACGACCAGAAAAUGCUCUUAAAAGAGCUGAAGAGCUAAUUGCGGUUGGUCAAAACGCAGCUGCUCUUACAUCUCUUCACGAGAUAGUAAUUUCAAAGCGUUCACGUAGUACAUCUCUCUCCGCGUUAGAACCGAUCAUGCUUCGAUUUGUAGAAUUAUGUGUCAAUUUAAGGAAGGGUAAAACAGCAAAAGAAGGCUUGCAUCAGUACAAGAAUAUCUCUCAAAAUACAAGUGUUACAACUAUUGAGCUUGUCAUAAAAAAAUUUAUUGAAUUAUCUGAAGAGAAAGUAGCCGCAGCCCAAGCAAAGGCUGAUCAAAUUACUUUGGAUGCUAUUGAUGAUCUCGAAGCAUCUGAAACUCCAGAAUCAAUUAUGUUAAGUACAGUGAGUGGUGAACAAAGUAAAGAUAGGACUGAUAGAGCUGUUGUUACACCUUGGCUCAAAUUCUUGUGGGAAGCGUAUAGAACAGUUUUGGACAUCUUAAGGAAUAAUGCACGAUUGGAAGUCUUAUAUCAACAAACUGCGCACCAAGCAUUCCAAUUCUGCCUCAAAUAUACACGAAAGACAGAAUUUCGUCGUCUAUGUGAACUUCUCCGCAAUCAUCUUCAAAAUAUUGCUAAAUAUGCUCAUCAACCUCAUUCUAUUAAUCUAAAUGAGCCAGAAACACUUCAGCGACAUUUAGACACUCGGUUCAACCAGCUUAACGCAGCUGUUGAAUUAGAAUUAUGGCAGGAAGCAUUUAGAUCUGUUGAAGAUAUUCAUAAUUUACUAUCUAUGUCAAAGAGGCCACCAAAAUCUGUAAUGAUGGCCAAUUAUUAUGAUAAAUUGACAAAGAUAUUUUUAGUUAGUGAAAAUUACUUGUUCCAUGCCUCUUCUUGGAAUCGAUAUUAUACCUUGGUGAAAGCACAGAAUAAAACUCUUAGCGAUGAGGAGAGCACGAGAAUGGCUUCUUUUGUCUUGUUGUCAGCUCUUGCCAUUCCUGUUAUUACCAGUUCAAGAACUCGUAUGCUUGAGAUUGAUGACAACAAAAACAAACAGCAUCGGCUCGCUUCAUUAUUAGGAAUGAGUCGUUCUCCAACUAGGUCCGGUCUAUUAAAAGAAGCGCUCAAUAAGAAUAUUUUGCGUCGAGUUCGUCCUGAACUGAGAGAGCUUUACAAUAUUUUAGAAGUCCAAUUUCAUCCUUUGUCAAUUUGUAAAAAAAUCGAACCUAUAAUGAACCAUCUCUCACAGAAUACUGAAAUGGCAAAAUAUGUCAAACCUUUACAUCAAGUUAUUUUGACACGACUCUUUCAACAGUUAUCACAAGUUUAUGAUAGCGUUAAACUUGAUUUUGUCAUCAAUCUUGCGUCAUUUGCACCGCCAUAUAAUUAUGAUGCUGCAACAAUAGAAAAAUUUAUCAUGAACGGGUGUAAAAAAGGAGAAUUAUCAAUUCGUAUUGAUCAUGCAACUAGUAGUUUAACAUUUGAAACCGAUUUAUUUGCUGCUUCUAAAAAUGCUGAUGCUGAUGGUGCCAAAUUGCAAGCUUCACCAGCUGAUAGGAUGCGUGAUCAACUUUCGCGACUCGCAAAAUGUUUUUAUACAACUGUCCAUAUGAUAGAUCCUACUAUUAUUGAAGCAAAACAAAAUGCUAGAGCACAGGCACUUUCACGUGCUUUGGCGGGGAUGGAAGAAGAACAUAAUAAUGCACUUGCGCGAAAGGCUAUUAUUGAACGACGGAGAGAAUUAGUGGAAACAUUGUUAAUGCGCAAAGAAAAAGAAGAACAGCGUGAGAGAGCUAUUCGCCAAAAACAGAGAGAUGAAGAGCUAAAACAACGUCAAAUGGAAGAGGCGAAGAAGCGUGAACAAGAGAGGAAAAAACGUGAACGUGAGGCCAUUCAAAAAGAGGAAGCCCUCGAACGACUUGAAAAAGAAAAACGCGAACUUAAUGAACGUCUCAGAGCUACAGCUAAGCGCAUGGAUCACCUUGAACGUGCUUAUCGUAAAGAGGAAAUCCCUCUUCUAGAAAAAGAUUACGAACGACAAAGAAAAACCGAUAGAGCAUAUCAUGAAGCUGCUCGUAAAUUGCUACUUGAGACAGCUUUUGCUAAGCAUACAGAAGAUCUUAAAUUAAAAGAGAGACUAAUGAGAAUCUUACCAGAUUAUCAAAAAUAUCGAUCAGAAAUUGAGAAUAGGCGCUACGAAGAAUUCGAACGACGUCAGCUUGAGCGUCUCGAAAAACUACGCAUUAUCGAGAAAGAAAGGGAAGAAGCAGAAUACCAAGAAAGGAAACGGAAGCUUGAUGAACAAGCUAGAAGACAACAAGAGGUUGAACGUCAAGCAGAAGAAAGACGAGCUCAAAAGCGUCUGCAAGAGGAGAAAGAGCGUGCUGAAAAGGCCGAAAAAGAAGAACAAGAUCGUCGUAGGAGGAUUGAAGAAAGGAGUUCUGGCUAUGUUCCUCCAGCUCGUCGUUCAGAAAACACUUGGCGUCGCACAACUGAUGUUAAAGAUGAAACUGCAUGGCGCCGAUCAAGUGAAACACCUAGUAAAGACGAACAACCAUGGCGCAGGGCCGGGUCAGGUCGUUCAACUGCUCCAGAAGACCAACGGCGUUCUGUUCAGCCAACCGGUCGAGAGAGUGAUGAACCUGCGUGGCGUAGAUCAGAUUCAGGUCGCAGUAGCACUGCAGAUGAAACUGAUAGACGUCGGUCUGACGUCCCUCGCCGUGCAGAAGAAAUGGAAUGGCGGCGAUCUGAUUCAGGACGUGGUGCCUCGACUACUGAAGAUAAAACUUGGCGUCGUACUUCAGUUACCUCCACUCCAACACGUGAGGAAUCGGUUAGUUGGCGUCGAAGCGGUCCACCAACUAAUGAUCGUGGAGAUGGUAAACUAAGAUCACGUGAAGAUUCAUGGAGAACAAAAGAAGGAGAGGAUUCUGAGCAAUCUUCAACGUCUUCACGAGGUCCUACUCGUAUAUUGAAACCGGAAUCAACUGUAUGGAAGAAUCGUUCGAAGCAACAGUCUGAAUCUUCUAUUAUGGAAAGAACGUCAUCUGGACGUACAAUCUGGACAGCAACUCUACAAGAACAAAUGGAUGAUUAUACAUAUGAUGAAGACUCGAUUUCUAAUUUGGAAGAUGCACCAACUGAGUCGCAAAUAAUCACUGAACCUGUAAAACCAACUUAUACCGCUGAACCUGAUGCUGAUGAUGAUGGGUUUAUACCAGUUAGCAAGGGUAAGAGAC